UAAAUACGGACCAUUUUUUGGUGAUAUCAUUAUUCAACAUACGCCAAAGGACCUCAAACGGCUUGGAAAAAUGAAGGUUCUUGCUCUGCUAUGUUUGGCCCUUGGAUCAGUCACCGCCCGUGGGUCUGGUCCGUACCUUCCCAGUGGCUGGCGACCAGAUGGUCCCGCUUUCUAUCUCCCCUCUAAACAGGCUUCAACAGAUCCACUCAAAGAUCUAAUUCUACAUGGUUCGGAAGCCUCUGGGUCUGACUCUCUUCGUGAAUACGGCCCUCCCAAGUUAUCCCAGGAAGUCAUCAAGCAGAACUUACCAAAUGAAAACAUUGACCUUACAUUUACAUCCGCAGAAAAAUUGCAACCGGAAACCCUAAAUGGCUCCGUAGAUUCCGGAACUGAUGCUUCACUUGAGUUUGGAUCCCCAAAACUCCAAGAAUCUCAAGAUUUGAUUGCAACAGAAUUGCCUCAGGAAGUUACAGAACAAGUAUUUGUGGAUAAAUCAAGUUAUGUAACUGAAGCGUCCACCAUAACAGCACAAGAAGAAUCUGUGAUAGAACCUCAGGUUGUAGAAACCACAACGGUACUAGCUGAAGUUCCUAUUUUAAUUAUUCAAGACAACGCAGAAUCUACACUUGCCGCUAGUUUUGUUGAAAAUGGGGAUGGUACAGUUAACGAGACUCCGUUACCUGUCGAAGUAACAUCUACUUCAGAUGUUCAAAAUUCAGUUGAAGCAGAUGUAAACACCGAUGAUUCUGCUACAAAUGAGACCAAAGAUAAUUUGGUAGAGCCCAUUGAGUCUCUCAACAGCCUGACUGCCGUUAAAGCAGAAUUAGAACAAACUGUCCAACAAAUAGUACAAAAUUUUGAAAAAUCUAUAGAAAAAGUUUCAGAAAACAUUGUUCAAAAUGACAGAAAAGUUGAAGAAAGUGGUGUAAAAAUAGAGCAAACUGAACAAAACGCUGAAGAAAAACAGGUAAUCGAACAAAACAUUCAAAACUUUAGUGAAAAUACCCAAAACGCUGAACAUAUUGAACAAGCGGAAGAAAAAACUGAAGAAAAUGAACAAAAAACACUUGAACAGGUAGUUCAAAACAUUCCAGAGGUAUUGACAUAUGUGAACAACGAUAUAACACAGCAGGUUGAAAAAACUGAAAGCCAAAAUGUAGAGUCGUCAUAUCCAGAGUUCUCUGAGUCUUUGGAGCAAGCCCCUGAAGGAUUUUUAGAGUACGGCCCACCUGGAUUUAAGGAAUACGGACCUCCCAAGGAGGACGAGCUAUCUACAGCAACAGCAGAGGAACUUCACUCAGAAGCUGAAUCCUUUGAAUCUACAAAUGAAACAAGAAGGAGACGUUUUUCUCCAAAAUUCAAGCCUACUAAAAGCCACUAAGCGACACAUAUCUACGGACGAAAGAAACAUUAUCUGUGACGUGCUUAAUUGAUUAAUUUGUUAAUUUAGAUACUAUAUAGAACCGAUCCAAUAUAUAGCAAUAAGCAAUAUCAGAAACAAUAUAGUAAGCUCUAGAUCUACCAGCUAACAGUCAAAUCACAAGAAAUAAACACGGGUUUAUAGUUACUUACUUAACGUAACUUCUUAUAUCACAAUGUUAUCUAUGAAAGAAUAAUUCUUAAUCUACUACUCUAUCUUACUAAGCUAUGAAUUAUUAUUAGAGUUCCCUGAGAGUUUCAUAAGAGUUUGUAGCGACACAUUCGGCUAACUACAAAACAGUACGUCAUACCCCUCGCGCAAUCAAAGUUAUUCCGACCCCUAAGGAUAUAUUAUAUAGAACUUGUCAACUUUCUCUACUGGGGCCUUAAGGGUAAUCCAGUCUGUGGUACAUCUGAUCGAGAAUACUCCCGUUAUUUUGACACACCUUCACAAGUCCUCCAUAAGUCGAAUAGCUCUAUUUAAAUUCAAAAUCAUUUAUUUAUUUAGGUAACACAAUGUAUAGAUACCGACAAACAUCUUGAACAAAUGUCGAAGCGAUUUUUAGGUAUCACAGGGAGGGGGGAGGGGGGCGGUGCUGCGCGUCGGGGAAGACUGACGUAUCGAUCGCGUGAUUGGUAAAUCGGGUGACGUUUGUGUCCCGCGCUGUGUGCAAACUUUCCCCCACUCCCUUUAAUG